AUGGCGAGCAACCGCAGCGAACGCUUGACCGUGCACCAGAAGAAGAAAAUGUCCAGAGCGCUGGUUCGGGCGCGUCGGCUGCGAAAUGCCUCCAUGGCGACUGUGCUCGGCGAGGAGGAGUGGAGCGGGUACGAGGCGACGAUGCGGCAAGGGCUCAGAGAGCUAGACGACACCACCGAGGUUAAGCGGCGCGGAACGUACGCGAGCAAGCCUCUGGUAUCGGCUGCCCCGCAGGCCGACAAGAACGACGAUGGCAGACUAUUGUCGGAGCGGGACGCGUGGGCGGAGAGGAUGGAGGGCGUAUGGAACGAAAUCUUGCAAGCCGAUGCAAAAGGCACCAGGCCACGCAUAACGCUUCCCGGCUUUCCCAUACACGUGGUGAUGGUCAAAAUCGCCAGGGACUACGGUCACCACAAGAUUUUCUGGGAGCUGUCGGACGUGGAUACACGUCCGCCGAACUCUGUCCUACGCCAGCUUUACGAGGCUCGAAAGCAAGGGUUCAACGCCCGUGCGGUGGUGGUGAAGAGCACGGCGGAGAGGCUACGGAAGUACGAGGGGUACCUCCGAGCAAACCUGGCGAGAAGGGUGCCGAUGAGAAGAGUGCCUGAAGUGCGAUGGCAACACGUCUCCGAGAUGCCCAUGUCGCUCCAGAUCGAGUUAUGAAAAACCGAGACCCUUCUGGCCGCAGGGACCCCGCUCUUUGCACCAUGCAUCGUAGUGCACAGGAGUUUGCAUACGGGCAGCUUUCUUGGCUUGCGCGUUGGAGGAUUAUUCGUGGCUGAAUUUCAAGCUUGUAGCUCUCGCGCCGAGAUCGGCGCGCCUCACCGGGGUAUCCGUAUGACGAUACCGUUGGAGGGAAGCUUACGUAAAGCGUCCGAAAGAGUGGAAUUUCGCCGCUCGAUCCGCGAAACGGAUAAAUUGUGCUGUUCACGAACCAAGUCGUAAGAACGACGUUGGCGAUCAGCAGCAAGAUCGCAAUACUCAAUUUGAUGCGAUUCAAGUUUGGUGGCCGCGAGCAUAGGGAUGCUCGAGGGCAGUCAUCGGCAAACGCGGCAAUCAGUUCAUGUGCACGUCGUUGGGCGCUAAACGAGUAGCGGCGCUAUCCGAAUUGCUGUAGGCGAACUCGACGUGCGGCAGAUGAGUGUUCCAAUCUGCCUCUCGUUGCCGAUCAUAGGUAACUUUUGAGCUAAAGUGUGAUUGACACGCUCCACACCCCAUUGCCAUUAGGGUGGUACAAGCUAGUGGCCACUUUGCGAAUAGCAAGACCGGCGUACACAGCCUGCGACAGUUUAGUUUAGAUCUGGGAGCCUUUGUCAGCCUGGAGACUCAAAUGUGCAACCCC